AGUAUAAUAUAACUUAAAAGUACCAUAACAACACCUUGGAAAUUAGGUACUUCCGCAGGCUAUCAACGUAUACCCAACAAAAUCGAAAUUGGAAGCGUUUAUAUAGUUCAGUAGGGAUGUCUAUUCCUAAGCAACUUCCCUGCAUGGUUCGUGCUCUUUAUGCGUGGCCUGGGGAACGCGAAGGAGAUUUAUCUUUUGAAGGUGGAAAUUUGAUAGAAUGUCAAAGCCUUGGUGAUGGAAAGUGGUGGAUCGGAAGGCACAUCAAUACAAACACGCAAGGAAUCUUUCCUAGCAAUUUUGUACAAGUCCUCAAUAUAUCCACAUCAAGACCCAAUAGCUCUUAUUCGAAAAGAAGCAGCGUAAGCUCUCGUUUAUCUUUAGACGAACCCGAUUCUCCUCUUACUUCAUCUGGACCUGAAUUAUCGGCAAAGAAUUUGAAAGCGACGAGUCCAAAUAUUAUUCAGAAGCUAAAGGAUAGUAGCUUAAGUCCGAAGAAAGAAGAUCACGGCUCUUUCUUAAAGUCAUUCUCUCGCCCGUCGUCUGUCUUUUCAAGAAGAAGCCGAGCUAGCUCGAUACACAGCCGCGGAUCAGAAUCUAUUCAGUCGAAGCGUUCCGCAAAUACACAGGAUGUUUCUCGAACAAGUCCUUCUCCUAUUCGGAGUGCCAUGGAGAAUGUAAUUGAGUCACUUAACGCAAUGGGAGGUAAAAGCACGAACCGUUCUGGUACGCCUUCAUCAAAUCGAAUGGACACAAAUACUGAUCUAGAAUUGAAUGGAAGGUCCAAAGAAUCACCAUUACCACCCGUUCAUGGAAAGUCAAAGCCUUCCCAACCUGUAGCUUCCUCUAUUCCCGAUCAGAAAAAAGCAGACCGUUUGACUCCUGACACAUCGUCUUUCAGCAAUCGUGCUCCUCUUCAUCGUAGAUUUCAGAGUACUCCAGCACCCAUUUUGAGACCAAUUUCAACACUGCUCCCUCUUACUCAAACUGAGAGUAGUGCUUCUCAACUAACCAACCCUCACUUGGAAAUAAAGCGGCCUUCUACCGCUCAAUCAUUCCGUAAAAAAAGUUCAGGAUUUUUAAAGAAAACGUUUCAAAAAAUCCUAAACCGAGGGUCAUCGACGAAACGAAUUCCAUCUAGCUCUUUUCAAUCUCAACCCAGCUCAGCUACCUUGUCGCCUUCUGCUCACCAGAAAACUGUUCGUCCAGCCUCUCCUCAAACAAUGGCCGCUGUUCACGAAGACUUACAUCGAACAAUAACUUACACUCAAUUUGACCUUAAUAAAAAACGGGAGAAAACUUUUAAUGAUCUUUCUAUGCCUGUUUACAAGCCAUUGGAAGAACUUGAAAAUACCUUUGGAAACGUAUUGGCUGACGGGGAGCCCGUAAAAUUCUCGGCGGGCAUGGAUGUACAUAAAAUGAACUUCGGUGCAAUUGAUAAGAAGACUCGUUCUUUCAUUUCCCAAAGGAUACACCUGGAUCCCAAAGAGUUCGCAAAAGAUUAUCUAGUGCAUGGGAUUGAGUCUCCCUUACAUCAAUUGAGAGCUGUUUAUAUCUACGUCUCGGAAAAUGUCUCCUAUACAAAUCACCCUCCAAAUGGAAAAUCACAUCGUUCGGCUCAUGACGUCUUGCUGUCUGGUAAAGGAACUCCGUUUGAAGUUUCGUUACUAGUAAAAGAAAUGCUGCAAGGUUUAGGAAUGUGGUGUGAAAUCAUUGAGGGAUAUCUUAAAUCGUCAGAUGACAUUUACUAUACUAGAGAUAUAAAAGUGAACCAUGCUUGGAAUGUUAUUACAUUCAAUGAUGAAGUUCGCCUAAUGGAUGCUAGUUUUGCAAGCCCCACGCACCCACAGCAGGUCUUAAAAUCUUCAGUCGCCAAUAACUUCUAUUUCCUAAUGAAGCCCAAUGAAUGCCUAUAUACGCAUAUUCCAGAGAAUCCAGAUCAGCAGUUUAUUAUGCCCGAUUUACCAAUGCCGAUUGUUAUGGCUUUGCCGUGGGUUUCGUCUGUAUAUUUUGACUUGGGUCUGCGUCUUCGUGGUUAUGAAACUAGCAUCCUUCAUCUUUCUGAUUACCAAUUUUUGCAGAUUGAUAUGGAGGCACCAAAGGAAAUUGAGUGUGUCGCUGAAGUAGAUAAUUACAGUACACCCCCUUCUACGCCAGAUUUUUCUAAAUCACACAAACAUGUUUUGGUUCAAAGUUUUUGGGAAAAAAAGAAUCUGAGAGUGGUUAGGAUUAAAGCUAUGAUGCCUUUGAAUAGUAAGUUUGCUGUGCUACGUAUAUAUGCCGGUCGCACUGGAGUAGCUAGUCCAGCAAAGUCAAUACCUCAUCCGAUGGCUGUAUCCAUUCCUUUUGCUCAUCAUGGAAAAAACAAAUCAUUCGAGUUUCUUAGUCGAUAUCCUAUACCCCAGUGCCCGAAUGUUGAUUUAUAUAUCUCUUCUCCCCAAUGCGGUAUACUGCGAGCUGGGGUCAAAUACGACUUCUAUGUAACCGCUUUUUCUUCUAACGAAACUGAAGCCCUCUCAACUAGGCUCGCAAUCCAAACGCCGACCGGUAACAUUUUACGAUUGCAUGAAGAAUUUUCAAACGGUCGCAUCACGCGUUCCAUACUAUCAUCAGUCAUUAACGAAACUGGAGAAUACCGGGCUUUAAUUUUAGCUGAAAAGAUAGGAAGAUGGGUGGUUUAUGCCACGUGGAAAGGCGUUUAACCAUCGUUUUGAUGAUCAUACUAAUUCUUCCUUUUUAUUCAUUAUCUUCACUCUUUACUUUUGAAUUAAUGUAUUUAUCUAAUUUAGUAUAUGCUUGCGUUUUUUGAUACCAACGACCUAUUGAAUUUUUAAUGUUUCUGAUAGUAUCCUCAUUUUUGUGUUUUUGGAUCUUUUUAUUUCUUUAAAUAAGAUAUAUAUUUCAUUCAGAGGAUUAUUUAAUUUUCAUAAAUAUGCUGCCAAAAUUCGUAAAUCUAAAUUGAAAGGUUUACUUUAAAAAGAAAGUUUCCAAACUUUGACGGCUGCAUCACUUCCAGUACUCACAAUCUCAUCUUCUGAUAUCCAAUGAACUUGUGUAGCACCUAAGGAAUGAGCAUUUUUUACAGCGACGUAUUUCAUAGGACGCUCGACAGAGUAAACAUGAACAUUCGUAUCAAGAGAAGCAGUUGCCAAGUGAGUUGAGUUAGAAUUCCAAGACAUACCCAGAAUUCGACCAGUAUGAAAAGCCCAGCGAGAAGUGAUGAUUUGUCGAGUUUCAGCAUCGUAAAGGACGACUUUUCCAGAAGCAUCACCGCAAGCAAGGUAUUUCCCAUCAAACGAGUAAGCCAUUGAAGUGAUCGGAGAUGUAUGAUUUUUUAGUUGUGCUAUCUCGCAAAGUUCGUCUUUUUCAAGAGAAUGAACAUACACACAGGAAUCCUAAUGAAUUAGAUAUUUUAUAACAAUAUAAACACUUACCUCUCCACCAA